AUGCCGGUAGAUGUAGAAACUCCUGAGCCUGCGAAUAGCACUGAAAAAUUGGCGCAAGAAUGGUUGGCCAACGCAACAUUCGAAGAGCUCCUGGCAACGGAUUCUUCUCACAAGUCAAUUUUCCUUCUACUCACGCAUCAGAAUGGCGAGAAAGGAAUUUUGUUGGCCAACAAAUCGCCAUUCCCUGAAAACGAGACCGCUAUCACAAAUAUUCUGAACAACGCCAAACUCAAAGAAAUUUCAAAGAACGAUAUUUUCGGCUCGUACGAAAUCGAAAUACCAUCAGAUCUAAACUUACUCAAAUGCCAAUUAAUUUAUCCUGCCACCGACCGUCUAAUUUCCAAAUACCGACAAGAAGAGAAGUAUAUCAUUCACGAGACUCCAGAAAAUUACCAGAAAAUCACCAAAGCUUAUAUCGAAAAAUAUCAAUUAAAUUUAAACUGGGUGUACAAUUGCCUCGAAAAAAAAUCGGAAGUUGACAAAAUCAUCUAUGAAGACGAUGAUAAAACCAAUGGAUUUAUUCUUCUACAAGACAUUAAAUGGGAUGGUAAAACCAUCGAGAAUCUUUAUGUGCUGGCAAUUUGCCAUCAACACGGAUUGAAAUCCGUUCGAGACCUCACCGCCGACCACCUUCCACUUCUUGAAAACAUUCGUGACAAAUCAUUAGAAGCAAUUGAAAAUAAAUAUGGGUUGAGAAAAGAUCAAAUCAAGUGCUAUUUUCAUUAUCAGCCAACAUUCUAUCAUCUUCAUGUGCAUUUUAUCAAUUUGAAGUACGAUGCUCCAGCAAGCACUACAAUGUCCGCAAUCCUUCUCGAUGAUGUCAUCAAUAAUCUGAAAAUUUGCCCGCAAUUUUAUGAAUUGGCCACAUUGACAUUCACUCGAAGGCACUCUGAUCAGUUAAUGACUAUGUAUAGAGAAGCCGGUGCCGCCGAAAAGGCUUGA